AUGAAAGUCCUACGGAAGCCGUGUGCCGACUCCAACCAAAACAUUUUGGGUCUGUCCGCGCGCUGUGCCAUGAAGGAAAAGAGUAAAAACGCGGCCCGGUCGCGCCGGGAGAAGGAAAAUGUGGAGUUUCUCGAGCUUGCCAAACUGUUGCCUCUUCCGAUCGCCAUCACGUCCCAGCUCGACAAAGCCUCGAUCAUUCGGUUGACGACGUCCUAUCUCAAGAUGCGCCAGAUUUUCCCCGACGGAUUGGGGACGGCCUGGGGAGCGAAUCAACGGGAACCGGCAACGGCAAGCAUCAAAGAACUCGGAUCGCACCUGCUGCAAACACUCGAUGGGUUCAUCUUUGUCGUGGCACCGGAUGGUAAGCUGAUGUACAUCUCCGAAACUGCCUCGGUACACCUUGGGCUGAGCCAGGUCGAGCUGACGGGCAACUCUAUCUACGAGUACAUCCACGCGUACGACCAAGAGGAGAUGGCCACCAUCCUGACGAUGCAACCGUCUUCUUCGUUUCCCCCGACGGGAGAACACAGACACACCUUCAGCCAGCAGCAACGAUCGCACGUCAUCGAGAUGGAGCGAACCUUCUUCUUGCGUAUGAGGUGUGUGCUUGCCAAGCGAAAUGCUGGCCUUACUACCGCCGGCUACAAGGUCAUCAACUGUUCCGGAUAUCUAAAGGCUCGUGUCUUUCCCCACGAUUCACCCGACGUACCUGGGUACUGCUGCGUGCAAAAUCUCGGCCUAGUCGCCGUCGGUCACGCACUGUCCCCUUCGGCCGCAACAGAGGUGAAACUGCAGCAGAACAUGUUCAUGUUCCGCUCCAGCCUCGAUCUGAAGCUUAUCUUUCUCGACGCAAAAGUUUCACAGCUAACCGGUUACGAGCCGCAGGAUCUUAUCGAGAAAACGCUCUAUCAACACGUUCAUUCGGCGGAUAUCGGGCACAUCCGGCAGGCCCAUCAAACAUUGCUACACAAAGGGCAGGUAACAACCAGAUACUACCGGUUUCUCACCAAAGGUGGAGGCUGGCGAUGGAUGCAGUCCCACGCUACGCUAGUACACAACACGCGAUCCUCACGCCCCCAUUGCGUCGUCAGCGUUAACUAUGUCUUGAGUGAUUUUGAAGUUCAAAAUCUCCAACUCAACGACCUACAGGGAUCGUUUGCCAAAUACCAACCGGCUACAGUACCUCCUCAGAGAACUCAAGCUCAACCGACGCAUGGGAUUAGUUUUCCUCAUGCACAACAACACGUCCACGUACCUCAGCAAACGCCCCACGGAGCAUUACAAUCAAUUCCUCCGGUGGUGCAGAACGACCCCGUACCAGAGCUGGCAACGUUUGUGCAGGAAACAUGUCCCGCGAAAGAUAUCGGCCAAUUCCUUCCGUUCCAGCCCACUUUCGAUACGAACGUCACGAGUCGGAAUGGAAACGGCACCGAUUGCUUCCUGCAGACCGAUCUAGGCUACGAUCAGUCGUCGGACUACACGAACCAAACGAUCGGAUAUCCGUUCGACGAUGCGCAGUCCUUCGCGCCAGGAGACCUGCUCGAUCCGUUCUACGAGCAGCUCUACUCGACGUACGACUCCACUCCCCACUCCGACCAUGAUCUGUUCCUGCGCUCUUCGUCGGACAGCACCAACAGUUCCGACACGAUGUGA